CUCUUUCUCCAUUGUUUGGUUUGUUUUGGGUAUCCUUCACUUGACUCUUUUCUUUUCCUUCUUGUCGGGAUAUCGGUGUCAUCGCCCAACCUACCUACAGCGGAUACUGUCUACCUAAUUAGGCAUUUUUAUCUGAUGCCCUAGUCUUUUUCACUCCAAGACACUGUCACCGCCCCCUGUUCCUGUAUUUGGGUUUGUUUGCUUUGAUUUACCGUGCUGUCCAUAGCUGCAUCUCUGGCUUUUCAAAGUGCAUCUGAGGCGUCCAGUCUGAUUGCUUCUUUCUGUUGUCUUGCGCACUGUGGGUGGGAAAAAGCACAGUCUUCAGUCUGUGUGAUCACAGCCUGAUUGACGGUUCAGGCUCUCAGGACUUGGCUCCAGCUUCUUAGUCUCUUUCUUGGUUCUGCCUCUGUUCAACUGUCCAUUAUAUAAAGGCUCUCCCGAGCCCUUCCUUCAAGAUGUCUUCAAGAUAUUCACUACGCCAAACUCCCAGGAAGAAGGAACUCUUCGAGGGCAUGGUUGAGACCCCUAUUCGUCGCUCACGUUCAAAUCGCCGCCAGACUUCCCAACCUCUCUCAGACGUCGAAACCGAGUCAAACUCUGCCGCUGAGGCUAUCUCGCGACCUACUCGCCGACGCACCGCUAGGUUCACCGAAGAGCUCGACGAGGACACAGAUUCCGACAACAUGGGAGCUGUCAACAGAGCCUCCAAUGGCAAGACCAACGGCCAUGCCAAUGGCCAUUCAAACGGUGAUGUCACCAAUGGACACGCCACCAACGGUCAUGCUACAUCCAACGAUGUUUCUGGCGCUGCACCAAUCAAUUCAGUUAUGGAGAAGACCGAGGGCGUGCCUCAAGACCCCAAUGUGGUUGAUGGCUGGAGGCCUGGCCAGGAUCCCAAGAUUGACUACUCUGGAGAGUUCGAGUUUGGUGGUUCUUUGGGCACCGCUGCCAUGAUGAUACUCUUCCCUAUACUCAUGUGGUAUAUGUGGAUUGGCGCCACUUACUACGAUGGCAAGUUUCCCUCCCGUGCCGAGGGUCAGUCCUGGGGUGAGUUUGCCGCUCACCUCGUCAAUCUGGUCUACACUGGUGCAUUCCCCCGCCUCCAGGUCUGGGCCUGGUACUGGUCUUAUCUCAUUGUUGAGGGUGCCUUUUACUGCCUCCUCCCCGGUGUCUGGGGCUAUGGCAAGCCUCUUCCUCAUGAGGGCGGCAAGCAGCUUCCCUACUACUGCAGCGCCUACUGGAGUCUUUACACCACUCUUGCUUGCCUUGCCUUUCUGCAUUUCUCUGGUAUCUGGCCUCUGUACACUGCCAUUGAUGAGUUCGGUCCUCUUCUGUCUGUUGCUAUCCUCAGUGGCUUCCUUGUCAGCUUUGUGGCCUAUUUCUCUGCUCUUUGGCGUGGCAAGCAGCACCGUAUGACGGGCUAUCCCAUCUAUGAUUUUUUCAUGGGCGCCGAGUUGAACCCCCGCUUGUUUGGCAUUCUCGACUUCAAGAUGUUCUUCGAGGUUCGCAUGCCUUGGUACAUCCUGCUCAUCCUCAGUCUUGGCGCCGCCACUCGUCAAUAUGAGCAGUACGGCUACGUCUCUGGUGAGGUUUGGUUUCUCGUCAUGGCUCACUUCCUCUACGCCAAUGCCUGUGCCAAGGGAGAGGAGCUCAUCAUCACCACCUGGGAUAUGUACUAUGAGAAGUGGGGUUUCAUGCUCAUCUUCUGGAACCUCGCUGGUGUUCCUCUCUCUUACUGCCACUGCACUAUCUAUCUAGCUAACCACCACCCUGAUGUGUACCGCUGGAACCGCGGCAUUCUCGCCGCCAUGUUCGCUGGAUACCUCUUCUGGUACUGGGUCUGGGAUAGCUGCAACAGCCAGAAGAAUCGCUUCCGCGCUAUGGAGAAGGGCAAGUUGGUCCUACGCAAAACCUUCCCUCAGGUCCCCUGGCAGACCAUCCACAACCCCAAGACUAUUGUUACCCCUCAGGGAACUAUCCUGGUUGACGGUUGGUAUGGUCUUGCCCGCAAGAUUCACUACACUGCCGAUGUGUGGUUCGCUGUUUCUUGGGGUCUGAUUACAGGCUUCGAGAGCCCUUUCCCCUGGUUCUAUCCACUCUUCUUCUGCGGUAUGAUCGCUCACCGUGCUGCUCGAGAUAUCACUCGUUGCCGUCGCAAGUACGGCGACGCUUGGCUCGAGUAUGAGCGACGUGUACCUUACCUCUUCAUUCCUUACGUCAUCUAAGGAGUCGACGAGGCCAAUCGGGAGCAACUCAGACUCGUUCCGCCCCCGAGGGACACUUAGUGCCUAUUUAUUAUUCUCAGUCAGUGGCUCUUGAUGCCACUAUAGGUGUUUUGGUCAGUGGAAAUCUGUACAUGGAAACAAAAACCGGUAUCAUGUCUGGGAGACAAAAAGGGAAACCCACAAACGAAGAGAUGAAGAGACGUAAUACGAAGGGGGUAUAUAAGGAAGCUGUAGACAUCAGCCUCUAUUGGUUUUUAUAAGGUGUCGACUUGCUUUGGGAGGUUUCUAGAUCUUGUAAUCUUUUGCUCGCAUUUGCAUACUUGUUAUGAGGCGAGGAUACUAUAAUAAACUGCUGUAUUGAUACACCCUUAUUGAGCAUUAC